AUGUCAUCGCCAACAACUCCCCGCUCCUCCGUUCCCAAGGGAGCUUUUCUCCUCCUUCAGGACGAGCCCCCACUGGCUCCCAAGGGCCACGGUGCUCUGGCCCAACUGAUCCGGCACCGAGGGCGUGAGGAAGAAGAAGCGGCAGCGGAAGGAAUAGAAGAUGAGACCCAGCGUCGCGACGAGAGGCGAUUAAGUGCCAUCCUCAAUAGCGACAACAUGCGCAGUAUGCGACUCAUCGGAAAUACUAAUCUACGGUACCGUUGGGAGCAAUAUUGGAAAACUCAGGAAGAGCUGGCUGCCAUGCCAAAGCACAUUCGCAAAUAUCAUGAACGUGUCAACUAUCUCGUCCAACAAUAUUUGUACAUUGACAGAUUGUUGGAUUCGUCAUUGCCUCAUGAUCUGCUCAACGAAUAUAACAAUAUGCCACCGUCGGCCUUCCGCGGCGUCGAGAUUCCAGCUACUAUCGCGGAAACGUCACACACUGCUCCAGUUCAGCCUGCUCGGAAGGUCAACCGGACACCAAGGGGCAUAUACCGACCCACAGAAACAACACCACUGUUUUCGAUGCCAUACGAUGACGAUGGGGAAGUUGUUACCGAUCUUAAUCUUGAACAUGGCCGCCAAAAACCUGAAAUUCCCUGGCUCGAAGACGAGUUAGUCGACAGCGAUGCACCAAUUGUCACUCUGGCCAUUUAUGUCAAUUUCGCAGCAAAUACCAUACUGCUGGCUGGCAAAAUAGCCGUUAUCAUCUCAGUUCCUUCUGUCUCUGUCCUUGCCAGCUUGGUCGAUGCCUUGUUGGAUUUUCUGUCAACAGUUAUCGUCUGGCUCACAACAUGGCUCAUUCGUAGACGAGAUCAAUAUCUGUAUCCUGCUGGCAGACGCAGGCUGGAACCUUUGGGUGUGCUUGUGUUUUCGGUGAUCAUGAUAACCUCAUUUGUUCAAGUUGCCAUCGAAGCCAUUGGGAAGCUUGCCUCACCCAAACAUGAGAUCAUUGAACUUGGAAUUCCGGCCAUUGCCAUUAUGCUAAGCACCAUCUUCAUCAAAGGGUUAUGCUGGCUCUGGUGCCGUCUGGUCAAUAACUCAAGUGUUCAGGCUUUAGCCGCAGAUGCAUUGACUGAUGUUAUUUUCAACGCUGGGUCUAUAGCAUUUCCUAUUGUCGGCUGGCUUGCAGAAAUUUGGUGGCUUGACCCUCUCGGUGGUCUGUUGCUUUCACUUAUCGUAAUCUUCAACUGGUCUCAGACAUCCUGGGAGCAUAUUAGGCACCUUUCGGGGCUUUCUGCAACCGCAGAUCAAAGAAAUAUUUUACUCUACCUGACCAUGCGGUUUGCCAAAACUAUCAAACAAAUCCAAGGGCUACAAGCUUAUCAUGCCGGGGAUAAACUGAUAGUCGAAGUUGACAUUGUUCUCGAUGCAAGUACGCCACUCAGGGAUAGCCACGACUUGAGUGAGAGUCUCCAAUAUGUCCUUGAGUCAGUGCCUAUUGUCGAUAGGGCCUUUGUGCAUGUUGACUACGCCACGUACAAUCUGCCUACCCACAUGGAACAGUAA